AACUCUAGAAGCUCGUGCCACUCUCUCUCCGCUCUCAACAAAAACUCUAUCUCUCUCUUGCUGCGCUCUAACACUCAUCGCCUCUCUCUCUCCGCCUGCGUACACUGCGACAAGCUCUCUCUGUCUCUCUCUGUCUAUCCGAAGGGGUGCCCUGAGAUCACAAAGAAAAAGAAUGGUGAAGGCCGUUGCUGUUCUUGGAAGUAGCGAAGGUGUCACCGGCACUAUCUACUUCACCCAAGAAGGAGAUGCCCCAACCACGGUGACCGGAAGCCUUUCUGGCCUCAAGCCCGGGAUUCAUGGUUUCCAUGUUCAUGCUCUCGGGGACACAACGAAUGGUUGCAUGUCAACCGGACCCCAUUUCAAUCCUGCUGGUAAGGAGCAUGGUGCCCCUGAAGAUGAGAAUCGUCAUGCUGGUGAUCUGGGAAAUGUGACUGUUGGUGAUGACGGUACUGCUACUUUCACCAUUAUUGACAAGCAGAUUCCUCUCACUGGACCUAAUUCAAUUGUUGGAAGGGCUGUGGUUGUCCAUGCAGAUCCUGAUGAUCUUGGCAAGGGUGGACAUGAGCUUAGCAAAACAACUGGAAAUGCUGGUGGCAGAGUUGCUUGCGGUAUCAUUGGUCUUCAGGGAUGAGCUGCCUCAAUCGACCACAUAAGUACCUAACGCAUGCUACGCAUAAGGAGCCUCUUGGGGGUCGGAAUCUCGAGUAAAAGCAUAUUUUCACAGUGUCUGUUUUUGGUUAAAACUCUUUCAGUCGAUGUGCUUUUUGGUAUUGGCUGUCAUCUCCCAUACUGAGAACACAUGGAGGCUGUUAACUAUGAUGUCACCUGGAUUUGGAUUUGUCUACGUUUCGGUCAUCUGCCAUUUUAGCAUGGCUUCUGUGGUUAA